CUACGGCCAGCUGAACCUAGGGGGUCUCCGAUCCAUGGAACGAGCAGCCAGGCGGAUACAGGCUCGCUAUCUCACUGGCGAGUACGGCCCUGGACAUGUGGUGGCACCGGAGCUGCGAAGUUUCGGGGCGAAGAGGGCGAAGGAGGACACCGAGUUCCUGAACGCCCAAGUCCGCGGCCUCUUUGGAGCCAACAGGUUCAUGUCUGUCAACGGGGGCGGGAAGGGCGACGCGCAGUCGAAGAAGCUUGCGGAGCCGCCCAAGAAGCCUUCCGGCGCGGACGCGUCGGGAGGCUCACGAUUGCGCUUGACGAGUUCGCCGCUGGACUUGGCCCCGCCCGCGGCGUCGGUGACACAGGGCCCCCCUGGGCCGCCGCCCAGGGAAGGGGCUCGCGACGUCUUUCCGCCGCCAGGGGCGGGAGAGCAGGCGAGCCAGGAGGUAUCGGGGAGGAGUCGCGCUCGUGUUCGACGACGGCGGCGCCGUGAUGCGCUGGUGAACGAGGCUAUCUGCAGCCUCAACUGGCGGGCGGGGGCGCCCGCGGGGUCUGCCACCGCGCCCGUGUCGGACAUGCAGCUCGGCGUCCUGCGGCGCAUCGGUGGGCGGGUGGACGACGUCGCGCAGCCGAUGCGAGGGGUGGAGCUGCGGCCUCCGCAUUUAGCCCCGCGGGAGUUGAUGCGUGGGAGGUCGCCGUGCCCUGGCGGCCCACCAGAGGACGUGCUCGCCCCUUUCCGACCUGGGCCCCCGUCGCUUCCCGGGGGCGUCGCCGGGGCGCCCGCGCUUCAAGAGCUGCUUCGGGGCCGAGCGCGCCAGUGCGUGGAUGGGCAAGGCGUGCGCGUGCCGCGGGGCCGUGAGAGUCUUCGCCAGACGCUGGAGCGCUGGCCGCGGGUGCCCUUCAGCGAGCCGACGCUUGUGCGGAGCCGACGUCGGUGCGGCGAUUUUGCUAGGGGCUUCGCUAAGCGCGGCUUGGUGUCGUUCGCGCGCCAGGUCUCGGAGAUUGCGGGGGUCUUCUUCGCGUGGAGGAAUGGGGGGGAGAAGACGCGCGCGAUUCUUCAUUGCCGCCGAAGCAUUACCUUGCUGACAGACCCCCCAUCGGUGGAGGCGUUGAUGACGGAGGGCCUGUCGGCCUUCGAGCUCGAGGACGCGGGGGGCGCCGGGUGCCAUUUUCAGGCCGCCUUUCAAGCGGCGCUCCAUCCGGUUGAGUUCUCCGCGGGCGUGGCGGACGCCAUGGGCGCGUUUCACCGCGUGCGCCCCCCCCCGUGGAUGAAGCGGCUCCUCGGGCUGCCCGCCAUCAAGGCGGGCGAUGUCAGGCUCGACGGCGCCGUGCUGAAGGGCCGCAGACUGAGCUGCGACGACGUGCUCUACCCAAUCCCCGAGGCGCUGCUGACGGGGUGCGCCUGGGGCCCGUGCCUGUCCCGGAGCGCGACCGAGCUCCGCUGCCAUUUCGCCUCGGGCCUCCGAGACG